AUGGGCUCAAUCGAAACUCACGAAAAACUCGCUGGCUUCAACCUGAUCCAGACGCACUAUAAACGGAUUGAAGACCACGCCAUCCGCGCCGACUUUAUCAUCCCCCAGUCUACAUUCACCGGCCAACGCCCAGUAAUCGUCCGCUUCCACGGCGGAGGGCUGAUAACUGGCGACUCCCUCAUGAUGGACUGGUUCCCGAUCUGGCUGCUGGAGCUCGCCAAAAAGCACGACGCGGUCAUCAUAAGCCCAAACUACCGGCUCCUCCUCGAAUCAACCAGCCCGGAGAUCUUCUCCGACAUUGAAGAUUUCUGGGCCUGGCUGCAUUCCUCUGCCGUCACGGAGCUGCUCGAAACAUCUUCCACACCAAUACAGCUCGAUCUGGACCGGGUCCUAACGGCUGGCGACUCAGCAGGCGGAUUAUUGAGUAUCUUCGUUGGCUUGGCACACGCAGACGAGAUCCGCGCGACGACAGCUACGUAUCCCUGCGUCGACAUGGCGUCGGAGUACUUCCGCACAGCUACAAGCUCUGAGCCCUUACCGGAUGUGCCUGCGUCCACGGUGGAUGAUUAUCUGGCUGAAAUGGACAGAAGCGCGAUUCGCUCGUCGGCCGUUAUACCGGAUCGAUUCGAUUUGAUGGUAGGGGCUAUAUACUACGGUGGCCUGGGACAAUUCUACGAAUACGGCGCGGAGGGCUCGCCGCGGGAACUGCGGUAUCCGCUUGAGUGGCUUGAUCGGCCUGAUGUGAAGAUCCCGCGGGGAGGUAUUGCGAUUAUGCAUGAGUUGCAGGAUGCGGUUGUGCCGGUGGAGCAGAGUGAGAAGUUUGUUGCCAAGGCGCGGGAGGUCAUGAAGGGCAAACCUGGUGGGGAUAAGAUUGUUUUGACGCUGCGGGAGGGAGAUCAUGGAUUUGAUGUGGAGGUGCCACUUGAGGAGGAGUGGUUGUCGAGUCAUCUCAAGGUGGCUGUAGAGGCCUGGCUGGAAUAG